AUGGCACCACAAAUAACUAGCUGGGAUGACCUCACUAAAGUAUGGGAGAAAUACGAUAAUAAGACAAGGGAAAUCCAACAAACAUCUUUCGCAUUGUUCGAUAGCAACGAAAGUUUCUAUUACGGCAUGCUUGAAACCCCCAAAGCUGAGAUUACUUUUGACCAGGUCACCAACAACCUCAAGAGUGUUCCCGAUGAAGAAAUAUUCACACAGUGGCCGGUUCUGGGGAUCGAGUUGAUACAAGCCCCAGCGACGCUCAUCGAAGAUUUCUAUAUCAAGCGACCAGAUCCACAAAUGUACAAAGUGAUGAAGGAGCACAAUGCAUUGUCCCAACUCUCGGCAUCCUUGCUAGCAGAAGCUGAGAUCCUAGAGUCGCUGUCCCAGCACCCACACCCGAAUAUAAUCCGCUAUCACGGCUGUUGGGUUCUCCGUGGGUACUUUAUCGGACUUGUCAUCGACAAACAUCCACAUGAUCUGUACACUUAUCUCAAGAACCGAGUUGGGACAAUUGAGAAAUUGUCUUUCAUUCCCGCCCUUGAAUCCUCUCUCCUUCACCUUCAUAAACAUGGAUUAGCUCACAACAACCUGACUCCCCACAACAUUAUGGUGAGUGAAGAGGGCAUGCCUGUUUUGAUUGAUUUUGGCGGGUGUCAGCCUAUUGGAACGUAUUUGAAGCAUGUUCGAGGGACUCGAGGGUGGAUUGAUGGAGAAAUCAAGGACCACAAUACAUCGAAAAAGGAGCAUGAUGUUUCUGCUUUAGCCAAGAUUAGUACGUGGUUGGACAAGCCGGUCUUUAACUGUUGA